UGGCGUCACCAUAUUCCGCAGGCGGCGCGAUGGCAAUCGAUACGGCAGGGAAACGUUCAAAGCGGGAUAUUUUGGGAAAACCUCGGCGUGCAGAGGAAGAGAAGCGCCGUCGCCGAGCCGCUUGGCGCGACGCAAGGCGACCGUAAAGGCUGCUCUCAAAUGCAACCGUCAAGGUAAAGGCUCUUACCACCUGUUCAGUCAGUCCCUGAGCUGAGCAGCAGCUGAGUAAAACCCCCAGUUUUGUUCUUGUUGAAAUAAACAGCUAGAGGCCUCCUGCAGUGCAAAUCAGCUCAUUGUCAUGUACACCAACUCGCUCAUUUGGAAAGGAGCAGGAGGUGGAAACCAUAGCAACAGACAUGUCCUGUGUGCAUGUCCUGAAGAUGCCUCUCUGUUUUAACAAGGUUGCAUCAGAGUCUGAAGUCAAGGGAAGACAGGCAACUUUACCAUGGAUAUCACCAUGGACGACCGACUGCUCAAAAACAACUUAAUGCGUAUACCACAAUAAUAAUCUACCAUGUACAGCUUCUUUUGGGUUGAUACCCCCUGAUAAUAGCUGCUAUGGCUUUUUGUAAUGAAAGCCUGCUGGAGGAGUGUGACUUCAUGGAGCCGGACAAUGUAGAGGAAACGGCAGAAAGUCUGCCGCCAGAAGCUGCGGCUCCUCUCAUAUCAGUCACUCUGCGUGUGACCCUGGCAGCCAUAAUGAUCUUCAUGAUUACUAUUGGUUUCCUUGGCAACGCAAUCGUUUGUCUGAUUGUUUACCAGAAACCUGCCAUGCGCUCUGCUAUCAAUCUUCUCCUCGCUACGUUGGCCUUUUCCGACAUUAUGCUCUCUCUGCUCUGCAUGCCCUUCACUGCAGUCACCGUGGCCACUGCUGACUGGAGCUUUGGGAACGGGUUCUGCCGAGCCUCCAUCAUGCUGUACUGGCUGUUCGUCUUGGAGGGUGUGUCCAUCCUCCUAAUAAUCAGUGUGGACCGAUUCCUGAUCAUUGUGCAACGGCAGGACAAGCUGACCCCACACAGAGCUAAACUGUUGAUUGCAGGUUCAUGGGUGUUGAGCCUGUGUGUGUCCCUGCCAUCUGUAGUCGGGUGGAGGACAGGUGCGGCAGUUAUUGGUGGUGCCUGGGCACCGCAGUGUGUGCUGGGAUACAGUGAGUCUCUGGCGGACCGUGGAUACACAGUGCUGCUGGCGGUUGCAGUAUUCUUUGUACCAUUUGCUGUCAUGCUGUACUCUUACAUGUGCAUCCUCAACACGGUGCGCCGCAACACCCUGCGCAUCCACAACCACACCAGUGAGCAUUCCUGUCUGCCAGCUCUCAACCAAGUCAGCAAAAUGAGACUUACUGGGCUUCAGCGGCCCCCUCAGGUCAAAGUGGACAUGAGCUUCAAGACCCGAGCCUUCACCACCAUCCUCAUCCUCUUUGUCGGCUUCUCAGUGUGCUGGUUGCCGCACACUGUGGUCAGCCUGCUGGCCGUGUUCAGCCGGCAGUUCUACUACAGCUCGGUCUUCUACCCGAUCAGCAUAGGCGCUCUGUGGCUCAGCUAUCUGAAGACAGUCUUCAACCCCGUCAUUUACUGCUGGAGGAUCAGAAAGUUCAGGGAGGCCUGUCAGGAGUUCAUUCCCAAAAGCUGCAGACUGUGUCCCAGAGUGCCAGGCAGGAGCCGCAGGAGAGUGAGGCCCAGUAACAUUUAUGUGUGCAGUGAGACUCAGUCAGCUGUGUGAAACAAGGAGGACCAGGUCGAUAGACGCACAAACCAGCAGCUUUUGACACUGCUAUCAGCUGUGUUUUAACUCAUAAUUUUCCUCAUAAUAGGGAAUGAGAGGCCGCUAAAAUUCACCUUAAAAGAAUAAUGGUUGUUGACCAGAAAUCUCACUGCAAGAUUGAACUUUCAGUUUCAACUGUAAGGCAGCAUGGAUGAUAAUUCGCUAAAGUGCUCAGAGAAAUCUAAAUAUGGACAUCUACCGUUCCAUGGCAAUUCCAUCUGCUGAGGAAGGUCUUGUGAUACUGUCAAAGCUCCAGAGUAGCCAGUGAAUGGACCUUGUGGUGAGAUUAUUUUGUGUGAAAGAUCAAUAUUGAACUUUAAGUCUCUACUUUACUUCAUGGCCAUCUCGGCUUCUGAAACUUACUGCCAUUCAAACAAUUUCGUAUCCUCCACUGUCAGUUUACUUCUGUUUCAUAUUUUGUCACUCAAGUGUUCCAUCGAUGUCAUUCUGUUGCUUCAGACUGUAAACUCGAUGUUCAGUCUUUGAAUAGUAGUGCUGAUAAUUAUUAAGUUGUUGAUUAUGUGAAGAGUUUCACAAAAAACAAAAAAAAACCCCAUAAAUGCUAUUGUUGUUCCGUGACAUUCUCAGAGGAGGGUCUGAAAGCUUUUUUUUUUUUAAAAAUAGAUUUUAAUGAAAGUUGUGCAGAAACAGAACCUUUUGUCAGCUGAAAACGGUUACUUCGGACCACGAGUGUAUCAUAAAAGAAGAAUGUCAGUUAUUGGGCUGUGAGUGUUUACUUGAAUGAUGAAACCACGUAAAUAAAAAUAGUUUUGAAAUGA